UAAAUCUUUUAAAGCAACUUAGUGCUUCUAGUGAGGAGGGAGUCCAAUACAUAACUCAUUACAUAAACUCUUUUUACGCUUUUAAUUGCCUGCAUAUUAUUUUAGAGUUGUGUGAGCAAGGCUCCUUGCUCAGCAUACUUAAAAAAUACGGCGUUUUUCCUGAAAAUCUUAUUGCCGUUUACAUGCGGCAGGUCUUGUUAGGCGUAUCUUUUCUUCACAGACAAGGCAUUAUUCACCGUGACAUCAAAGGGGCUAAUAUUUUAACCACCAGAAAGGGCGAAGUAAAACUUGCUGAUUUCGGUGUUUCUGUUUUCUUAGAAGAGGGGGCCAUAAGCAGUGUAGCUGGAACUGCGUACUGGAUGGCUCCCGAGAUCAUCGAGCUCCGGGGGGCCUGCGAAGAAUCCGAUAUAUGGAGUUUAGGCUGUACAGUCAUCGAACUACUGACGGGUUACCCUCCCUACUUCCACAUGGCCCCCAUGCCCGCCAUGUACGCUAUUGUCCAGAAUGAUCUUCCGCCCUUCCCAGAAGGCCUCUCAGACGCGUUGCAGGAUUUUCUUAAUAAAACCUUUCAAAAGUACAUACCCAAUCGCGGAAAAGCGGAGGAUCUUCUGAAACAUCCGUUUAUUAAACAGGCGCUAAAUAAAAAGCAAGAAAGUCUCGACUCUGCCGUACAAUGUAUACAACUCAGAGAAGAGAAGAAAAAGAAGAAGAAAGAGAAAAAAGAUCACGCGCCCAAGGUUAAACAAAAAGAAUUCGGGAUCAUGCCAGUCCUCAUGAAGCCCUCGAAAGUUGACUUGUCUCGUUUCCAAGACAGCGAAUUAGAGGCUAACUUUUCUGACUUUUUUGAACCAAUGGACGUGGUUAUCAGCUCAGAACAGGUGCAACGCUAUGGCGGUCCAAAGGGACCCCUCGAACCUUUCCUGAAAGCUGCAGCUCAAGGGGAUGACAGCGAUGGCGAUUGGGAGUCGGCCUUCGAGGACGCAGAGAAGUUUUCUUUCGAGGAUGCGAAAGAGCCGUUGCUCAAAUCACAGCGGCUUUCAACCGGGCUUUUCAUAGAAGACUCUGUCAUGGAGCCGUCGUUGCUUUCAGAGGUCCCGCAGGAAAACGUUAAAACCAUUCGCCUGACUGAGUACCAAAGGAGACUUGCAGCACUACAGGAGCCCCCGAGUACGGAGCGGACGUUUGAACAUGACUUUAUUGAUGAUCCCUGUCAAAAUAUUGAAUUGAUCCAUAACACGAAGUUUCAAGAAUGGAAUAGCGACUCGGAAGAAGACCCCUUUUCUCUAAAGAUGGACAUCAGAGGAGACGAGGAGAAAUUGGAGGAGUACCAGCAGUUCAACGAAACGAAACAGAAAAUUGCGCUUACAAUUUCCAGUCUAGCAGAGGAAGAUAUGGAGGCGCUGGGGCGCAGCUGCAGCGAGCUUGUCCAUAUGCUAGAAGACUACAACCAAAUACGCGGUCUCGCCGAGCGAAAUGGGUUCAACACUCUUCUGGGGCUUCUCGAGUGUUUUCAAAGCCACGUUGCCAAGGCACAUGUCCUUGCCGUGAUUAACCAGAUGCUCACAAUGGACGUGCUGAAUAAAGACAGCCACUUAUGCGACCAGUUUUGUCUUCUUGGCGGACUAUCUGCCGUGCUGCCGCUCAGCGGGUCCUGUUAUGCGCUAACCUUGCGUCUUGAGGUGGCAACAUUUAUAGAGAAGUGCGUGGUAUCCUGCCUGCAACAGUUUAUCACGUGCAACGGGGUGUAUGCUUUAGCAUCGUUUUUGAAGGAGGACUAUUAUAAAAACACAAGGCUUGUCUCUGUGGGGUUGCAAGGGAUGAGCCACGCUAUUAACUCCGCUGUAAACUUUCACAGUAUGGACGAAGAGUUUAGGGUCAAAUUUGGUGGGCAGAACCCGCUGAAGAAGAUUGCCCUCAUUAUUGUUCGCCACGAAAUACUAGCACUUCUUGUCCGCCAUCUUCAGACUCUUCUAGGAGAGAGACGCGAAGAAGAAAAUAUUAUUAUAUCCAUUUUUGAAACGCUUUGCGUUUUUGAGCCGAUUCGGGUGGCUAUGGCUCGUAAAAAUUUUCUCGAAAUUUUUGUCGAAAUUCUCAAAAGGGUGAAUAACGAUAAGCUUAUCAGACUUCUGAAGAUCUUAAGCAGUGUGACCGAUUGUUAUCUUAUUGAUUACAGGGUAUCCAUGCUAGAGUGCAUAACCAACACGUCGUUGGUGAAAACACUUUUAGACAUCACGGAAGCUCCCCGUGUCGAAAAAAUGGCCCACUUCGAGAUUGCAAACGUGCUCUUCCGUGUCUGCCACUCCAACCAAGCACUUUUACGCCAGGCCGCUGCGAGUGGAGGCUUCGAGUACUUUUUACAUUUCCACAUAAACUUUCCGCAGUUCCGAAGCAUAAGUUCCAUUCCUUUGUACGAACUCUGCUUCUACGCAGAAACUCGAGGUUUACUUAUCCAAAAAUACGGCGUAAAGAAGCUCAUCGACCUGUACUUUGAGUUAUUUAGGGAAAGCCAAGGCGAAGACGAAAUCCAAGCCUCGUUCUUGGAGGCUUUAUUAAUCUGCGGGAAGACAAAUUUUGAGGAGGUCGAGGAUAUUUUCUUAGAGGGGUCUAAUUUCGACGCCAUUAUUGAGCAUUUUCGCUCCGUGGAUUUCGUAUUUAGCCGCGCCUUUAACAAAACUGCGUCAUUGGUAAAUGAAAUGGCGAUGAUCUCGCGCAAACUCGCUUCGGGCAUGUCGAAAACGAGGAUUGUAGAGACGGCCUUAGACAGGCUUAAAGAGCUCGCUGACGGGUUCACCAGAAGGGAGCUGAUGACGCUGCUGAGGAGGCUGUACCAAGCAGCGGAGUUUCCAGUGAAAGAAAAAAUGGUUGUCAAGCUAAAGCUCAAGGACGAACUAAUACGGCUUGCUGGAGAUUACGCAGUUGCAAUCAGAAACGAAGUCAAGAUACUGACUGAAGCUAUUGAUAGGGACUUUCCGUAGCCAGAAAAAAAAAGUCGAUUUUAAAAAAGUUUAUACAAAGGAAGACUAAAACAUCAAGUGUGUUAUGAGAAAGCGGUAGUCACGAUUAAAUACACUCAACCAUAAGACAGGUAAAUAUUUACAAAAAACCGAUUUUAUAAA